AUGUAAUUCUGCCGUCCGCCCACUGGUACGUGUGGUACGUGACUUGUAGCCGCAAAUACCUACAAUGCGACCGACGAUCUUAAUCUUAAUUAUAUAGCGGACAAGAGCUAGUAAUCAAAUCCAGCGACCUAAUCUAAUCUAAUCAUGGUCAGAUCAGCGAGUCUUACUAGACUGACAUAAUGAUUAAUUAGCUAAGUACAGUACGUGGUAGUUCAUUAUAACUAGCCGAACCGUCCCGAGCCCCGACCGGCUCGUGGCGCGCCGGGGCUCUACAAAUACCCGCGGAACGGCGACGCACGAUCGACGGCAGAGCGAGGCGCACCACGAGACGAGAGGAGCCAAAGCCGACGGCGGAGCGGAAAGAGCCGGCGAGGAGGAGGAAAGAGGAGCUGGGAGGUCUAGCCGUCCACCAUGGGAGUGAGCCUGGCGCAAGCGGUGGCGGAGCUGGUGGGCAGGUGUGCGCGGCGGCUGUCGCGGGCGGCGAGGCGGAUGCACGUGCGCCGCCCGUCGCGCGCCGUCGUGCCGUUCCUCGGGGCGGCCGGGGGCAAGGCCAGGAGGGCGCUGUCGUGGCCGGCGACGCCGUCGUCCUCGUCCAAGAGGAGCAAGGAGCCGGCGGCGGCGGAGGAGUGGGGCGCGGAGGCGGGGGACGGGGUGUGGAGGAAGGAGAUACUCAUGGGCGAGCGGUGCCAGCCGCUCGAGUUCUCCGGGGCCAUCUACUACGACGCCGAGGGCCGCCGGCUCGGGGCACCGCCCACGCCGCGCACGCCCGUGCGGAGCCCGCUGCCGGCCUCCCUCAAGCUCGCCGCCAACGCCUGAUCGCCUCCCUCCCCACGCCCGCCGUGAUCGCGGCGGCUUAGCCAUGAUCCGCCCAUGCCUACCUCUGGCCUCUGCCUCACUGCUUGCUGUACAUGGUUCUCUUGCCGCUCUGUUUUUUUUUCCUUCGCUCGUCUCCUCUCGAGAAAGGAGAAACCUCUGCUUGUGGCGUGCGUAGCGACUAGCCAGUGAGCACCGUGACACCGUGUAAAACAAGCUUUUAAUGAAAUGAUAAAUCUCAGUCGAUGCUA